CUUAUAACUUGAAAACGCCGAGACUUUACUCUAUCGCCUCCUCUCUAUUCUAGAUAUCGCUUCCAACGACCCAAUUCCACGAUGACUCGCGUCUUGCUUACCGGUGGUAGCGGCUUCAUUGCCACUCACGUCCUCAAUGUCCUCCUUAAGCAGGGUCACUCCGUUGUGACCACUGUUCGCAGCCAAGACAAGGCAGACAAGAUCAGGAAGGCGCACUCUAGCUUUGGCAAGGACAAGCUCGACUUCUCCAUUGUCGAGGAUAUUGCCGUUGAGGGCGCAUUUGACAAUGCCGUCAAAUCAGACCCACCGUUUGAAGCCGUUAUUCACACCGCCGGUCCCUUCCACUUCAAUGUUACGGAUGUGCAGAAGCAACUGCUAGAUCCCGCCAUUCUUGGCACGGCUGGUAUCCUUAAGUCGAUCAAGAAGAGCGCUCCUACAGUGAAAAGGGUUGUAAUUACUUCGUCAUUCGCCGCGAUCAUGAACCCGUUUAAGGGUAAUUGGCCAGAGCACACAUACUCUGAGGUUGACUGGAAUCCCAUGACGCAUGAGCAGGCGUUAAUGAACGCCGCCUUUGCUUAUACAGGCAGUAAACUCUUCGCAGAGCGCGCCGCAUGGGACUUUGUCGAGAAGGAAAAGCCCAACUUCACCCUCGCGACGUUGGCCCCUCCAUUUGUCUUCGGGCCCGUCACGCACAAUCUUACCUCACUUAAUGCCCUCAAUACCUCGAAUCAGCUUAUCAACGGGUUUGUUCAAGGCAGCUACAAGGACGGGAUCCCACCAACUAUAACCUUCCUUUGGACUGAUGUACGCGACCUCGCCCUUGGCCAUGUCCUAGCCAUGGAGAAGCCAGAGGCGGGCGGCAAGAGGUUCUUCUUCGCAGCCGGAUACUUCACGAACAAGGUGAUGGUAGAUAUUAUUAGGAAAAACUUCCCCGAAUAUAACGAUAGGUUGCCGGGUCCUCAGGACCAGGGCGGUGACUACCCAGCGGAAGGCGUGUAUAAACUUGACAACAGCCAGACAAAGCAGGUCCUAGGUAUUGAGUUUACCCCAUUCGAGAAGACUAUCGUUGAUACUGUCAACUCACUAAAGACUGUUGGCGUUUAA